CACGGCCGUGGUUGGCCGGCUGAGUCGCAUCACAGGCGGAAGAGGAAAAAACCCUCGAGUGCCCGAACUAUUUUUUUUCAAUAGGCGCAUUCGUCUGGGGUUUCGCUUGACGGUAAAAAGUGCCAUCCCGUUGACAGAGAGAUCACAAAAUACGACUCCAUCUUUGCACAUGUCACAGUCGCAGCAUUUCAAUCCAAGUGACUAUCCUGUCGUAGUCGGCAUCGAUUUCGGCACCACCUUUUCAGGCUGUUCUUAUGCUUUUGUGCAAAACGACGAAGUUGUGGAUAUCGUACGAUGGCCUAAACAAAAUAAUAACGUCUACCCAAAGACACCUACGCUCAACUUUUAUCAAAACAACUCGAAUCAGUUGACCCAAUGGGGAAAUGCUGCCCGGUUAGAAAUGCAACGACCAUCCGCACGGAAUUCCGUGUUACUGAAACAGUACAAAUUAUACCUCGAUGAAAAUAUCGCCAAAGACCUUCCUCCUCUCCCCAAUGGCCUCACCAUUGUCGACGCCAUUGCAGAUUAUCUACGAGCGCUGCACGAGCAUGUCGUGAAUGAACUGAAAAAGGGAUUCGCACGAAACUACGGACAACACCAAUUCCGAUAUUGUUUAACCAUUCCUGCCAUGUGGUCCGAUCGAGCAAAGAGUACGAUGCGUGAGGCUGCUAUCAAAGCUGGCUUGAUAACAGAAACCGAUCACCGCGAUCGUUUAAUGCUCACUUCCGAACCUGAAGCCGCCGCAUUAUACUGUGAAAAGAAGUGCGAACAGUUUAAUCUUCGUCACGGCGACCGUUUCAUGAUCUGUGACGCAGGAGGUGGUACGGUGGAUUUGAUUGUCUUUGAAAUUGAUGAACGCAGUGGACGCAAGUUACGUGAGUGCACCAAGGGACACGGACAAUCGUGUGGCUCGGUGUUUUUGGACCGUCGGAUGCGAAAACUGUUAAAAAAGAAGUUCAAGGAGUACCUGUCAUCGAUUCCCGCUUCGGCUUUCGAGACCAUGAUGGAUACCUUUAUUGAUCUGAUCAAACCUCAAUUUGACGGUGUCGAAGAGCAAUUCAUUUCUCUGCCUGCAUCGAUGAAUCUGGGGUCACUCGACAAUCCGGCCAUCGGUUUGGAAGACGGCACCCUGUGCUUGACGGCGGCGGAACUGAAGCAAGAAGUGUUUGAACCGGUGAUCAAGGAAGUGCUGGCAUUGAUUGAAGAUCAGUUGCUCAAGGCAGGGACCAUGCAAGCGAUUUUCUUGGUGGGUGGAUUCGGAUCGUCCAACUACCUGUUUGAACGAGUGCAAGAAGAAUUUGCAACACGGGUUGGCUUUGUCGCUGUGCCACCACGUUGUGAGUUGGCGGUGGUUCGAGGUGCGGUUUACUUUGGAUUGAAUCCGCGCGUGGUCACUACGCGUAUUCCACGAUCCUGGUACGGUAUCGAUACCACCACUUCAUUCGAAGAAGGCGUCGAUCCGCCAAGCUAUAAACUCAUCCGUGCCGACGGAAGCGUACGAUGCGACAACCGAUUCUCAGUCUACGUUCGACGAGGAGAAGCUUUGGAUAUUGACAAUUGCGUAUCCAAAGAUUUCUUUGCUUAUUAUCCUCAUCACACGACUUGUACGUUGUAUGCUGCCGAUACCGAAGAACAACCAAGAUAUACCACGAGUCCCGGUGUGCGUAAAGUCGCGAAUUUCACGAUCCCCAUGCCAUCGUUGACCGGAGUCGCUCAAGGCGAAAAAAUUGAUUUAACCAUCAAAAUGUAUUUCGGCGAGGUCGAACUUCGAGUGGAAGCUGUCAUUCGAGGUACAACCUACGGCACAACUUGCAGCUUUGAAAGCGAAUAGAAACUUUAUACACACUAUAAAAUAAAAUACAUCAUUAC